UUGUGAAUUAGUGACAGCAAAGACUAUGACAAACAUGAUAGAAUGGAAGAGCAUUUGCUUAAAAUGUAUUUUUUAGUUUUACGAAUUUAGGACCCGGUUUACAUUAUCAGAAAUUGUGUCGAGUUUCUUUUUGUUGAGGAUUAACUUUUUGAAAUUCUUUUUUUGAGAAAUGGCUGGAAAUAGCCAAGAAAAAUUGGAGUGCGAUUUGAAAGCUAACGUGGAGGCUCGUUUUGCAACAAAGGUGCUAUCAAACUUGCAUGAACUUAUGAAAAUGGAGUUUUGUGAUGUCGUUCUUCAUGUUGACAACGACAAUUUCACUGUACACAAGGCAGUGCUGGUUUCGUCAAGUGCUUAUUUUAGAGCCAUGUUUAGUGAUGAUAUGAGUGAAAAACAUCAAGCCGAAGUAAAUAUCAAAGGUGUCACAAGUGAUUCGAUGGCUUUACUUCUCGAUUAUUGUUACACGGGUAAGAUCAUCAUCACGGAUGAGAAUGUCGAGGAUCUACUACAAGCGGCAGACCUUCUUGGUUUUGCUGACGUUAAAGAAACUUGCGCACAUUACCUCAUGGACCAACUGGUGACAGAAAAUUGUCUUGGGAUUUACCAACUGGCUGAAAGAUUCUCAUGUAUGCAACUAAGUCAAAAAGCAGAAUCUUUUAUGAAAAAGAACUUUGCAGCCGUCUCGAAAUAUGGUGAGAUUUUGAGUUUGGAUGCCAUGUGCCUGAAAUCCAUCAUCAAGAGUGAUGAUAUUUGCAUCGACAGCGAAUUUCAAUUAUUGCAAUUCAUUUUUGAAUGGGUUGAGACCGACAUGCAAGCAAGACGGAAGAUGAUAGCAAUUUUGUUGACCGCUGUCAAAUUGUGUUUUAUACCUCCGAAAAAGCUGCGCGAGAUCUCUCGAAGGUCACUUAUCCAGGACGAUUUAGCUUUGCAAAACGUGAUAGAGAAAGCCAUGUUCUGUCAUUGUGAAUGUGCCGGAAUAUCGAUGAGACCAUCUUGCUCUUCUUGGCUGUAUAUUCUCGGCGGUGAAAGGUCUUUUAUGAAGGAGACAAGGUCCAUAGAGUACUUCGAUUGUCAAACCAUAAAAUGGAAGGGUGCGAAGCUGCCAAGCACUCGCGUUUCAUGCGCCGUGGUAGUACUUGACAGGAAGUUGUACGUGAUUGGUGGCAUUCAAAGGAAAACCAAGUUGAACUCUGUUGAAUGUUAUGACAUCUUUCUGGGAAAGUGGAAGAAUGUUGCUCACCUUGUCAUUUGCUGUGGUGAGGUGAAGGCUGCUGCCCUCAACGGGAAUAUUUAUGUUGCUGGAGGGUCGAGCCGUCAAAAUACAUGCAGCUACGUCGAAAAGUACUGCCCUGUGAUAGACAGGUGGACUAAAGUAUCUAAUAUGACGCACAAGAGACGACGGUUUGCCCUUGUACCGCUGGAUGAAAGUCUGUAUGCCGUGGGCGGAUUUGAUGAUGAUCUGGGCUAUAUCUCAUCUGUCGAAAGUUAUUCACCAAAUUCUGACCAAUGGGAGAGCAAAGCCUCGAUGACGUAUCAAAGAUGUGAUUUUGGCGCUGUUCAGUUAUCGAACUACAUUUAUGUUGUCGGUGGAGUUAACGAGUACCAUGGUUCUCUAUCUUCGGUCGAGCGGUACAACCAUGCUACUGACACGUGGGAAACGAUGACGUCCAUGAGUCGACCACGUGGUUGCCUGCCGUGGCCUUAUAUUGUGGAAAGAUAUUUGCGAUUAAUGGUACGAGCGAGGACAUGUCAGUUGAGAACAGUGUUGAAUGCUACGAUGAAGUAACCA